AUGGAGAGCAACGAGCAAUCAAGCAGUCUGCGCGACUCGCUGAACCGGUGGAACGCCGGGCGCGCGCAGCAGGGGAGCAGCGUGAACGAGGGCGCCAAGACGCUUCUUGCGGGAUGGGCGGAGUCGCUGAACGCGCGUGCGGCGGACGUGUACCAGCGGCUGCCGCUGACGCAGCAGGACCUGGUGCAGAGCCCGGAGCCGGCGUGGUUUGCGCUGAGCCGGACGGAGCGGCUGGCGCUGUUCGUGGUGUUUCUGGCGGCGGCGGCGGGGUGCUUCGCGGCGUGCGUGAUGCUGUUUCCGGUGCUGGCGCUGAAGCCGCGCAAGUUCGGGCUGCUGUGGCCUGUGGGGUCGCUGCUGUUUGUGCUGGCGUUCGGGGUGCUGCAGGGCCCGGUGGCGUACGCGAAGCACAUGUUGUCGCGCGAGCGGCUGCCGUUCACGGCGUUCUUCCUGACGACGUGCGCGGCCACGAUCUACUUUGCAGCGAUCGCGAAGAGCACGCUGCUGACGAUCCCGUGCGCGCUGCUGCAGCUGGUGGCGGUGGUGUAUUACGGCGUGAGCUACUUCCCGUUCGGCGCGGCGGGCCUGCGCAUGGUAAGCGCGGCAGGGCUGAGCACGGCGCGGGGGGCGCUACGCAUCUAA